AUGGUUUUAAACAGUGAAAAAUUUGAUAAGGACUCUUUUUCCUUAAAAUACCUUGAUUCAAGAAAGGAAGAUUGACUAAAACAAGCAAAAAAUUACAUGAUUCAAUCUCUGCAGAUUUUUUUCAAAUCAAAGUAUAACAUAAAAACCAAAAAAGCCACCCAAAUUGCGAUGGAAGUGAUCAUAAAUUCACUAAAUGUUAUACAAAUUGUCACACUACUUUGGUAUCCUAAGGACCCCCCCCUCAUUUGUCCGAUUUUCUAGUCUUUUAUCAUUUGUCCAUUUUUCUAGUUUUUUUUAUAGGAAAAAAAAAUUUUUUUUAGGACCUCAUUUGUCCAAUUUUCUAGUCAAAAUUUUGAUAGAGAAAAAAAAUUUUCAGGACCUCAAUUGUCUCAUUUUCUAGUUUUUUUAAAGUAAAAAACUAGAAUUUAGGGCAUUCGAAAAAAUCCAAAAAAGACUAGAAAAUUGGACAAAUCAUUUUUGACUAGAUUUUGGGGACAAAUGAGGUCCUGAAAAAAAAAAAAUUCUUAUAAAAAAAAAAGACUAGAAAAUUCGACAAAUGAGGGGGGGGGUUCCUUACGAUGAACAUCAGACUUUGAAAAAAAUUUGGCAUUUACUGACAGCUUUUUGGAUAUUUCAGCUUUGAUUCAUGAAUUUCUGAUUCUCGCCUCUAUUUUCCAGCUUUUUUGGUUAUAGUUACAUUUCUGUGAACUAGUUUAAUUUACAUUAGUAUAAUCAGUACCCUUAUAUUUCGGUCAUGAAAAAUACCGAAAGCUUUUAUAAAGCUUCCAAGUUUUCUUUUUGGAUUUUUAUUUUCUGUUGGCUAUAUUCCUUCUCUUAUGAUUUUAUUGGUAACUGCCAAGUACUCAUAUUUAGUUGAUCCUGAUGGUACACUAUAUUCAUCACUGUCAAAGAACAAUUUUCCAUUAGGAGCAUUUGGAUCGAUUUUAGGCAUUUCUUCAGCAAUAUUACUUUUUUUACUUACUGCUUAGGAUUAUUAAAAAGUCAGGCGUUAGCCAUGUUAAGGCAGUCGCCAAAGACCUCCCGUACGGAGGUUCGACCGUUUUUCGACUCUAGUCCAGAGGGUCUAUCACCCGAAAACGGGCGCCACUUUCAGUACCUUCUAUCUCCUCCUUGCCUUGAGGCUUCAUUCUUGAAUGGGCAGCUUAUGAUUUCUGCGGCCCUGCUGCGGGCGAUUGGAAUAGCUUGAUUCCAAGGAUCAACUCCUUGAAGUCUAUGAGUUUCAAAGUACCUUUCUUGACAGCACAGGAAAAAGACAGUUCCCCUGUGGCUUGGGCCGAAACCCCAGUUUCUCAGUAGAGAAAUGCCCAUAGCCAACUCCGUUUCUAACCACAGGAAAGCAGCCAAAACCUACCUGGAUACACAACUCUAGAGCAUGCGCUUGAUUCUCAGUUCUCGGUAUCCUAAGGUCUUGACUGCUAUGCCUAGAGGCUAAGUUGGCACGUGAUACCAUUUUAAUGUAUCUUUUACUAACUGUUAUUUACGAAUUAUUCACUGCAGAUGUUCGGCACUCUUUUUCAAAUUUUAAUAUAAAAGCAAGGUCAGACUCAAAUUUAGACAUAGCCCAAUUAUUCAGCAAAUUUAUAGUAGUAUUUAUAUAUGUCUUUUAUGGGUAUGAUCAUUUUAUAUGGCAUAUUUGGUUCGUUUUCGUGCUAUCUCUUAUGUUUUCUUAUCUCACCUUUAAAUUCAACUCAUAUUUCAAUCCGAUACUUAACGCUAUAAGAAUCACUCAGCUCUUGAUUUUAUCUGGAUUUUCCUUCAGCUUUCUUAUUGGGAUCGCAAUGGAUAAUGCUGGAAUAACUUUUAUUUUUACUUUCCAGCUUUAAAUAGUAACAGCAAAACCUAUUACAAUUUAAAGGGGGGCUAAUUUUUUUCUAAAAAGAAUUAAAUUGAUAUAAAAUUUUAUGUUAAAAAUUAAUAUAAAUUAAAUUUUAUGGGAAUUAACUAAAAAAAUUAUCGGUUCAGUGUGAAAACUUUAUAUAUAAUAUUUAACUUAAAAAUUAAGCUAAAAUUUGUUUCAAAUUAAAGGGGAUUGAUCCAAAAAAAUUUAAAUUUAUCUAAUUUCUGUUUAAAUUUGAUGGGAGAGUUAGUAUUUGUAUAAUACCUGCAGCUGGGAUACUUAUUUUCCGUAAAAUUUUAAUUUUAGUUGAAAAUUCAAAGGAAAGCCAAGUUUCCUUGGAUCAACAUGCCUUUGAGCUCCAAAUUCGUAAGUUUCUAAUGGAUCCUUCAACUACUCACAGUGGUAAUAUCAUAAACAAAUUCGCAGAAAUCUAUAAUACUCCCAUGUUCAGACGCGACAAAUUAUUGGUGGCAUGAGAAGUAUAUUAUUUUUUACAUACAUUGAAUGAUAUCAGACUUGCAAAAAUAAAGUAUGCCCGAAUGGGAAGUGUAUUACCAAGCAUUGAGGGAGAAAUACAAGCUUUAAGGAUCCAAGAAUGGAUGAAAAAGCAUCCAGGAACAGAUCAAAUAGCAAAUAAUUUUUUAGUCUAUUUAAUUGAUUUAGAAGUGGCAAAGAGCGAAGAUGAGUUUUUAUGCAGAUAUUUACUAGAGUUUUGAUAUGAAAUUUCCUCAAAGAGAUCAAGCCUAAAUAAACUAGAAAAUUUAUCAAAUGAAGUCUAUUGCGAAAUUAGAAAAGUUGAAGAUCGAUAUAAGAAAAUGCUUCAUACAAAUCAUGCACAUGUUUAUGAGCUAUAUGGAGGCCUUCUACAAAAUAUUUUCCAGGAAUUCAAUGAAGGAGCAAAUUUGUUGCAUAAGGUUUACCAAUUAAAAAGCGAAGAAGAAAUAAUGAUGCAUGAAAAUGUUAUUACAAAAUUCGAGGAAUAUUCUGGGAAUAUGGUGAUUUCUGCUCAAAAACGGAAUUUUGGGAUAAUUAUAUAUGCUAAUGAGAUUGCAGCUCAACUUCUGAAAGAUACUGUUGAUAAUAUGGUAGGAAAUAAAAUAGACCAGUAUAUACCAGAACCAUAUAAUGAAUUUCAUGCAGAAACUAUGAAAAGAUUUGUAGAUACAUGUACAGAGCCACAACUAGGCAAAAGAGAUACACUAUUUAUUAGAGACCAUAAUGGAUAUUUAAGUGAAGUCAAAUUUUUAAUCAGAUUAACAGCCCUUGAUGAGAGUCUAUACUAUAUGGUCUCUAUGAUGGCAUGCACCAAAAAUAGAGAAGCUGCUUUAAUUUCAAAGGAAGGAAUGAUAUAUAAUCAUUCACAAGAUUUUCAUCGCCUUUUGAAUAUAGAAAGCUCAUGCCUUAUAUAUAAAUAUAUAGACAAUGUAAUCCCUGAAAUUGUUUUUUCGAAAAUGGUCUUGUUUAAGCCAAAACUAAUUCAACGGAAAGAAAAAGUAAUUGCAGUUAUUUAUUGCAAAAAAGACUUUAAGUCAACAGAAAUACCAUAUAUUCUUCUGGUGCAAGAUUUUUAUGAAAUAAAUGCAUGGACUAAAGGGGAAGCUUAUGAACAAAUAAAAUAUACUGACUCCCCCCCCCCCCCUCCGUGAGCGAACAAAACCAUUAGAAAAAUCGCCAUUUUUUGACCAAAAACCCACCCUCCGUGAGUGAAACAAAAAUUUUUUUUAAUAGAAAAAAUUUUAAUGGAAAAAAAUUUUGAUAUAUAAGUGAUAAUUAGUAUAAUGAAAUCUAGAGCUAAUUCUGUUUAAUUUUUAAACAAAUUGCGUUUUAAAACAUAAAUUUUGCAAAUUAAAUUAAUAUCUGCUUCCCAAAUUUUUGCAAAUUAGGAUUUUUUUAAAUUUCGAAAAAAAUUUUUUUUAUAAAAUUUAUAUAUAAAUUUUUUUUAAAAAAAAAAAUUAACCCCCCUCCGUGAGCGAACAAAAAAAAUUUUGUUCGCUCACGGAGGGGGGGGGGGAGUGAGCAACCGCCAAUAUUAACUACUAGUGAAAAUAAUUUUGAUAUAAAAAGAUAUUCUAAAUUUUUAUCUAUAGAAUCAGAUAAACAUGAGUUACUGAGACAGACGAAUCGGAAUUUAUCAACUCUUGAUGAAAAUGCAUCAGAAGCUGAUAGUACAAUUAUUGACAUAAUAAAAAGUAAUGAAAUUAACUCAAAUUUUCUUGAAAAAACUCUAAGCUCAGCUAUGUUAGGGUUAAUUUAACGCUAUUGAGAAGCGUCCGGCAUCCACAUGAGCAGCGAGUUCUUCCACUUUCUUCGUCCUCAGUUAUACUAAUUGCCCGAGGAUGGCGCAAGAUAGCGCCAUCCUCGGGCAAUUCCUAUAUCCUGCCGACCUCGACCCGGAGGGUGUGACCCGAUCCGACAGAGCAGCCCAAUAGUAAAUUUAUUGGACUAAUCUGAGCUGGGUUUGAUCGUCUACCCAGAGCUCGUGUACUAGGUCGUCGUGCCGAACUUCAAUUGGGUUGCCCUUCCAAAAAACUCGAAAAAUCAAGUUUUCUGGCCAGACCUGCUGGUCAAAAUGGAACUUCUUAGCCCAGCGCCUGGUAUCGCUCUGGGAAGCUACCCGAUUUGCCAAGGUCGCCGUUGAGAAUUCCCUUUCCAGCUCUGAAGGAACAUCUCCCACGAGGUAAAUUUUGAUUUAUAUGUGUAGGUAUGCGAAUGGUUGAAUCCGACAUUUAUUCUCCACCAGACAAGGAUACAAAUUUUCGAGCGCUAUUCUUCCUUCAACAAGAUUCCUUGGUUGCCGAACUGCAGGUGCUAGGAGACAGGCUGGAUCGCUACGUCAUUUUAAUGUGUAGCCCAAGCUCAGCUACUUAUAGUGUUUCCUCUCGUGAUAAUAAUCGUAAUCACUAUUUAGAUAAGGGAGCACGCAUUAUAUUAAAUUGCCAAAAAUCUUUAAAAUUAUUCAAAUUGGUAUUAUUUUUAUCAGUAUACUUUAUAUAG